AUGGCUGGGCUGUUCUCAUUAGGAGGUGGUGGUGGGGGAAGUAACCAAGACGACCAGCAUAACAACCCGCCAAGUGAAAUCCCACAAGAAGGCUGGUUCUGGUACAAAAACGAAGACAUUCCUUACAAGGGUUUUGAGCUAUGGCAACAGCAAGAAUUUCUCCACCAACGCCACCAAAAUCCACAGCAAGAUCUUUACUCUUCAGCUGCUGGGUUAGGGGUGGGCCCCGGCAGGAGCUCAAUCAACUUCUCUGAUGAGUCUUCGUCGAGAUCAGCCUUCAUGAUGAUGAGGUCCAGCAGUGGAGGAGGAGGCAUGAGCUGCCAAGAUUGCGGCAACCAAGCCAGGAAAGAUUGUGUAUACAUGCGGUGUAGAACUUGUUGCAAGAGCCGAGGAUUCGACUGCCAAACCCAUGUCAAAAGCACAUGGGUUCCUGCUUCUAAACGCCGAGAGAGGCAACAACAGCGCUCUGCCUUGCAGCAACAGCAGCAGCACCUUCAACUCCGCGGAGAGAAUCCCAAAAGACUCAGAGAGAAUCCAAGCUCCUCAUCCUCUCUUGCGUGCACUCGCUUACCCACCAACGCCUCAGUUUUAGGGUUAGAACUGGGGAAUUUCCCAGCAGAAGUUAGUUCUCCCGCUGUAUUUCGCUGCGUAAGAGUGAGUGGCAUUGACGAACAUGAUGAUCAAUACGCUUAUCAAACUGCUGUCAACAUUGGAGGUCAUUUUUUUAAGGGUAUUCUCUAUGAUCAUGGCCCUGAAAGCACCUAUAUGUCAGCUGCUGAAACCUCCUCCGGUGGAGCUAGUGGUGUAGCUCAACCGCUUAACUUAAUUACAGCUGGUACUGCUACCGCAUCCGCUGCAAUCUCCCCCACCGGCGCCGGUGGAGGCGUAACGUCUGCUUCAUCUAGUGCAGCAGCAUCAGCGUUUAUGGAUCCUUCCUCUCUCUACCCAAUUCCGCUCAACACUUUCAUUGCUGGUACGCCAUUCUUCCCAAACCCAAGAUCAUGAAAUGAAACCACAUCAUUUCAUUGUCAUUGUCUCUUCCAUAUUUCCACCUUUUACACCGUCUAUUGGCAAGUAUUUUUGACAAAAAAAAAAAAUGGCAAGUAUUUGAUAUUGAUGAUGAUAAAUGCAGCGGUAGAGAAGUACAUUUGACACUUUCAUUGAAAUACAACUACCUAAACCGAGGGGGAAAAAACAAAGGAGAGAAGAAAACAAGGAAAAAAAAAAAAAGAUUGAACUGAGAGGAAAUAAGAAACAUGCCUGUUAGUUGUUCUUGUGCAAAUUUCAAUGCUUCAGUUUAAGUUAUUCUUCUCUUUCUUCUUUAUCUCUCGAUUUUUUUUUUCUUUCUUGAUUAUUUUGUGUAAUGUAAUAUGUGGCUGUUUGUUGUUCUUGUUUAUUAUAUUAUAUGUUUGUCUUCUGGGGUUGAAUUUGCAUUGCACUAAUGACUACUAGUGCAUAUUGGACUUGGGAAGCUGCCUUUUCCCUGUUUACCCGUAAGUUUGCCUGUCUGAAAUGGUUUCUUCUGUGGCUGGACAAACUGCAAAGACAACAUCAUUUUACCUGGGGCGGCAUGGGCGGUCUCCAUCCAUGCAUGAGAGCAUUCAAGUUGUGUGUGUGUGUUCAUGUGAUAUUAUUAUUAUUAUUAUUAUUAGUAUGUUUUUCUCUC